AUGGCAACACUGUCUUGGUACUGCUCGUCCCGUCGUGUAUGCUUUGGUCGGGGGGUGGGUACUCGGCUUUUAUGUUUGAACUACUUAUGUAACAUUAGUAGUAACAUACUUCUUCUUGAAAGCGUACACAAUUAUAUUGCGAUAUCUAUCACAAGUUCUACAAGUAGCAAUCCAAAGAAACUUUAUAUCUGUGCUUAA